GCCGCAGGAGGAGCAGCAGCGCUUGUGCAAGGGGGAAAGAUGGCGGCCGGCGGCGGCGGCGGAGGCGGCGGCAGCAAGGCCUCCUCGUCGGCCUCGUCGGCUGGGGCCCUAGAAUCUUCGCUGGAUCGCAAAUUCCAGUCGGUGACCAACACGAUGGAAUCCAUCCAGGGCUUGUCGUCCUGGUGCAUCGAGAACAAGAAGCACCACAGCACCAUCGUCUACCACUGGAUGAAGUGGCUCCGCAGAUCUGCCUUUCCACACCGACUGAAUCUCUUUUACCUGGCCAAUGAUGUUAUACAGAACUGUAAACGGAAAAAUGCAAUCAUAUUCCGCGAAUCAUUUGCUGAAGUGCUUCCUGAAGCAGCCUCUUUGGUGAAGGAUCCAUCGGUCUCUAAGUCUGUAGAACGAAUUUUUAAAAUCUGGGAAGAGAGAAAUGUAUACCCUGAAGAAACGAUUGUGGUACUAAAAGAAGCUUUGAGUACCACUUUCAAAACUCAGAAGCAGCUGAAAGAAAAUCUGAACAAACAACCGAAUAAGCUGUGGAAGAAAUCACAAACCUCCACCAACCCUAAAGCUGCUCUCAAGUCCAAGAUAGUCGCCGAAUUUCGAUCCCAGGCCCUCAUUGAUGAACUACUUUUAUACAAGCGUUCUGAGGACCAAAUUGAACUGAAGGAGAAGCAGCUGGCCACCAUGCGAGUAGAUGUGUGUAGUACAGAAACCCUCAAGUGCUUAAAAGAUAAAACUGGUGGGAAAAAGUUUUCCAAAGAAUUUGAAGAGGCAAGCUCCAAACUGGAAGAAUUUGUGAAUGGCUUGGACAAGCAGGUGAAGAAUGGGCCCUCACUGACAGAGGCACUAGAGAAUGCUGGAAUUUUCUAUGAAGCUCAAUACAAAGAAGUCAAAGUGGUGGCCAAUGCAUAUAAGACCUUUGCUAACAGAGUGAACAAUUUAAAGAAGAAACUGGAUCAGCUCAAGUCAACCCUACCUGAUCCUGAAGAAUCUCCAGUCCCUUCACCAAGCAUGGAUGCUCCCUCACCAACUGGUUCUGAGUCCCCUUUCCAAGGAAUGGGAGGAGAGGAGUCCCAAUCACCAGCUGUGGAGAGUGAGAAAUCAGCCACACCUGAGCCUGCUACAGAUAACCGGGAUGUAGAAGACAUGGAACUCUCAGAUGUAGAGGAUGAUACAUCAAAAAUCAUUGUGGAGGACAGGAAGGAAAAACCUCUUGAGAAGCCAGUUCUCUCCACGUCUGCACCCACUAAACUAACAGAAAGUGUUCCAAAGGCAGCACCAUGCACCACAGCUUCUGUGGCUGUGACAUCAACUCCACCACCACCAAAACCCAUGAGUACAUCAGUUCUGCCCCCUUCCCCUGCCCUGGCUUUGCCGAAUCUGGCCAACGUGGAUCUGGCAAAGAUUAGUUCCAUCCUUAGCAGUCUAACAUCCGUCAUGAAGAAUACAGGGGUCAGUCCUGCAUCAAGACCAUCUCCAGGCACUCCUACUAGUCCCACACACCUCCCAGGCAACCUGAAAGCGCCUGUUCCUACUACAACGACAUCUCACAAUCCUCUGGCCAACAUCCUCUCAAAGGUGGAAAUCACCCCAGAGAGCAUUCUCUCUGCCCUUUCCAAAACCCAGACGCAGGCAGCCCCUGCACUGCAAGGCCUGUCAUCCUUACUUCAGAGUGUUACUGGGAACCCAGUUGCUUCAAGUGAAACUGCUUCCCAGAGCACUUCAUCUUCCCCAGCCAACACCAGCAUCUCCAGCAUGAAAGGGAGGAAUCUGCCCUCAAAUACACAAUCCUUUAUGCCCAAAAGCUUUAGCUACUCUCCUAACUCUUCAACUCCUGAGGUGUCUUCAACUUCAGUUAGCAAGGUCCCUGUAGGACACAACCCAGGGCUCCCAACCUCAAGUUUUAAGCCACCAUCCAACUCUCUGGGGUUUUCUGCUUCCCACAGUGCAAAUGCUGCUAUUCCAUCUACUGAACCUGCUAUGGGGCAGUCCUCUGAGGUCACUAAGCCAAAGCUAGAGUCAGAGCCCCCUUCCCCAAGCCUAGAGAUGAAAAUCCAUAACUUUCUGAAAGGUAACCCUGGCUUCAGUGGGUUGAACCUCAACAUCCCGAUCCUCAGCAGCUUGGGGGCCAGCGUUCCAGCCGAGAGCCACCCGCCUGACUUCCAGCGAGGCCCGACAAGCACAUCCAUGGACAACAUCGAUGGGACUCCUGUCCGGGACGAACGCAGUGGGACUCCUACCCAGGAUGAGAUGAUGGACAAGCCGACAUCCAGUAACGUGGAUACAAUGUCCCUGUUGUCCAAAAUCAUCAGUCCCGGCUCUUCAACACCCAGCAGUACGAGGUCACCACCCCCAGGGAGGGAUGAUGGCUAUUCCCAAGAGCUGUCUAACUCUGUAUCUUCCUAUCGGCCUUUUGGCCUCGGUAGUGAAUCCCCCUACAAGCAACCUCCGGAUGGAAUGGAGAGGCCAUCCUCCCUUAUGGACUCACCACAGGAAAAGUUCUACCCAGACACCUCUUUCCAAGAGGAUGAGGAUUACAGAGAUUUUGAGUACUCGGGCCCCCCUCCCUCGGCCAUGAUGAACCUAGAGAAGAAGCCAGCUAAGUCUAUCCUAAAAGCAAGCAAGCUUUCUGACUCCGAUUACCAACCCAUCAUGUCCAGCUACAGCCACAGGACCCAGGAAUUUGGUGUGAAGUCUGCCUUCCCUCCAGCAAUGAGGGCUCUCCUGGACCCAAGUGAGAGCUGUGACCGUCUCUCCUCCUCUCCUGGCCUGUAUGGUGCCUAUAACCUAAGAGGAAAUGAGUCUGGGUCAGACCGGUCACCAUCCCCGAGUAAGAAUGAUUCGUUUUUCUCUCCUGACUCCAACCACAAUAGCCUUUCUCAGUCUGCCACCACACAUCUCGGCUUAUCCCAGAAGCAGUACCCAGACUCUCCUCACUCGAUCCCACACCGCUCCCUUUUCUCUCCGCAGAGCACCCUUGCCACUCCCACAGGCCGGCCACCCACAUCAGGCGUGGACAAAGUCCUGGCCUCCACCAUUUCUACCACUUCGACAAUUGAGUUUAAGAAUAUGCUCAAAAAUGCCUCCCGCAAGCCCUCUGAAGAUAAGCAUUUUGGCCAGGCCCCCAGCAAGGGUAGCACAAGUGAUGGGGUCAGCCUCGCCAGCCUGAGUUCCAGUGAUCAGCAGCAGCAGCCAGAGGAGCACUACCGCAUAGAAACCCGAGUCUCCUCUUCCUGCUUAGACUUACCUGAUAGUACUGAAGAAAAAGGGGCCCCCAUAGAAACCUUGGGCUACCAUAACGCCUCCAACAGGAGGAUGUCAGGGGAGCCCAUCCAGACAGUCGAGUCUAUCCGGGUGCUGGGCAAAGGGAAUAGAGGACAUGGGCGGGAGCCGUCAAGGGGGGGUUGGUUUGAGCUGAGCCCCUCAGGCAGCUCCUUUGACAAUGGCCCCUCAAGCGCCUCAGAGCUGGCCCCCCUCGGGGGUGGGGGAGGAGGGGGGCUUUCUGGCUUCAAAGCAUCGGCAUACAAGGAGCGGGCAUCCUCAUUUCAGGAAAGCGUCAGCUUUCGUUCCAGCAACUUCAACUCUACUUUUGAACACCAUCUCCCCCCACCCCCUUUGGAGCAUGGGACACCCUUUCAGAGAGAGCCUAUGGGGCCAUCAUCUGCCCCCCCUGUUCCCUCUAAGGAACACGGUGGGCUCUUUUCUCGAGAUACUCCCAGCCACCUGGCCUCUGUGGAUCUUUCGAACCCCUUCACAAAGGAAGCAGCCCUAGCCCAUGGUGCCCCACCCCCUCCUCCUGGGGAUCAUAGUGGGGUUCCCUUCUCUACUCCACCUCCUCCUCCACCCCCUGGGGAACACAGCAGCAGUGGUGGCAGUGGCGGCCCUUUUUCUAACCCUCCCCCUCCUCCUCCCCCUGUUGACCACUCAGGGGUGGUCUCCUUCCAAGCCCCACCCCUGGCAGAGCACAGUGGCGUGUCGGGGCCUGUCGCAGUGUUCUCCAAGGAGCAUAGCUCCCUCCUCCAAGGGAAUCUGGCUGAGCAUUUUGGAGUGCUCCCAGGACCCCGGGACCCCACACAGAGGGACCUCAACGGCCCCAGCCUCAGCCGUGUGCGUGAGGGCCUAAGCCUGCCCACACAUUCUCGGGAGCACCUGGGCCCAACCCACGGAGGAGGUGGGGGGGGCGGCAGCAGCGGCGGCCCUGCCUUGGGUCCCCCACACAGAGACACCAUCAGCCGGAGUGGAAUGAUCUUACGGAGCCCCCGGCCAGACUUCCGGCCUAGGGAAUCUUUUCUCAACAGAGACCCAUUUCACAGCUUAAAGAGGCCCAGGCCACCCUUUGCUAGGGGCCCUCCGUUCUUUGCACCAAAACGCCCAUUCUUCCCUCCCAGGCUGUUCAGCAGGUCAGAAGACAGAGCCAAGAUCCGGGGUCCUGGAUCUAGGACUCGGGCCAAAGACUCAAACCCCUCCCUCCCUGCCCCUCAGGAAGCUGUGACCUCUGUGGCAGCCCAGAAUAAAUAACCUUCUCCGAAUGAAAGCCCUCCUUCCACAGCCCACGGUCCGUGGUCAUUCUCUUUCGUGUCAUUCCUCCCUCCUUUUCAUUGUGACUAAUUCAAUAAACA